AUGGUUGAUGAUCACCGUAAUGUAGAUGAUGUGAGUGGUUAUGUGAGAUAUGCAGGAAUUGAAGAAGAUGUUCUGGUGAAGAAGGAGGGGGGGAGGGUGUUCUUAUAUGGUAUGCAGGUCUUCAUGCAGGCUAUAGAUGAUGCCCUGGAGCCUGGAGGGCAUGGCGUCUACCCAGUGGGUCCUUAG